AUGCUGCCUGCCCUUCUCUUCACCGUUGCCGUCUCCGCGGCAGCGGGUCCAAUGGCGGGCAGGGACGCACGCACACUCCCAAUCCGUGCCGCCGCAACCGACGAACACAGCACCGACCCUGCUGCGCGCCUCGCCUGGUUCCACGACGAGGCGGACCGCGCCCGCUUGAAAUAUGCCGACCAUCUCCACCUGAACGUUGACCACAUCAAAGCAUCGCGCAAACGGGCCGUGCAACUCAAGAAUUGGGGCGACUCGUACUCGGUCCAGAUAGACAUCGGGACGCCGCCGCAGACGUUUGACGCAUUUGUCGACACUGGUAGCAGUGACCUAUGGGUCGUGGCACAAUGCCAGGACUCGAGGGAAUGCGGGAUGAGCAAGCCAUUCGUCCCCGCCAACAGCACGUCGUACCAGGGGACAGGGCAGCUGUUCAACAUCACGUACCUCAAGGGCGAGACGUUGGGGGAGUGGGCUGCGGAUGUCGUGGCUAUCGACGGCGUUGGGAUCCGGACAAUGUUUGGCGUCGCGGACUACGUCACAGCAUGGGGUUCCCAGCAGAGCGCGUUGAUGGGUUUCGCGCUGGUCAACAGCUCGAUGGGAGGUGAGACGACGUGGUGGCAGGCCGCCAGCGAACAGUGGACAGACAAACGGUGGGGAAUGUACCUCGCGCGCACGGCCAACUGGACCGACGCGCAAUUUAACCCGUCAGUGAACGGCGGGGAGCUGACGUUCGGCGGCGUCGACCAGUCCAAAAUGGCCAGCGAACCGACGUACUACCAAGUCGGGCCUAAUGCUACCGCAGGGGGUGUGAGGCUCUGGACAAUAGUGUCGCAGGGCCUGGCGUUGCACGGGAGUGUCGUUACGCCGUCGACGGUGUCCGCAACGACAGACAGCGGGACGAGCCUUAUCAUGGGGCCCGAUGCCGACGUUCGCAGGUUCUACGAAGCGAUCAACACAAACGUUGUGGCAUUCUCAGACGGGAGCUAUGUAUACGAGUGUGGACCCGGGGGAAACAUCAACGCCUCCUUCGUAUUUGGUUCACCAGACGCGCCCGACUUUGGCCAACCCAUGCGUUUCAAUAUAUGGGACGGCGAUCUCGUGUCGUUUUCCGGAACGCGCGACGACUUUGCCUCGUCGGGCAUGCAGCUGCCAUCAUUCAUGAAGGGCGAGCGGUACUGCAUUGGCAACAUUGUGGGCUGGAACGACCCGACUGUAAAGGACAGCUGGGUUGUUGGCAGCCCGUUUCUGCGUAAUGUGUACAGCAUCUACCAAGCUGAGCCUGUGCGCCACGGCUUCGCGCCCCUCACACCUGAGGCGGAUGUCAAAUACGGCGAGGCGUAUGACCCCAUCCAGUCCGGGACAGGCGGCGGCGGUGGUAACAGCCCGGACAGCCCGGACGUUGGUGGAGGGAACGGCCCGGCAGACGGGCCUGGCACGACUGUGAUGCCGAGCGGUGCGACGGCGGUGCCAAACAGCGCGGGGCGGUUGGACGUAUCGGCGCUGCUCGUCAUGAGUGCGAUCUUGAUAUUCGCAUAG